GUAGUUGAAUCCAAUCUGUCUUCAUUUUCGUACCUUUCAAAUUUCAGAUCUCGCUUCUCUACUCUAAGCCUCUGAGGAUGAUCAAAAAAUUAACUUUCGUUCUUCCGAGUUGCCCAUGCGGAAAUUACAUGGAGACCUGAACUGAAGAGGCUUGCUAAUUUUCAACUUCAUUAGAGGAAUUUGGCAACUGCGUGCCAGCCUCUUCCAAAAUGAGCCGGCCAAUGGAGGAAGAUGCAGUGGGAAAGAAUGAGGAAGAGGAGUUCAACACAGGACCACUAUCUGUACUCAUGAUGAGUGUUAAAAAUAAUACACAGGUUCUGAUAAAUUGUCGAAACAACAAGAAGCUUCUAGGUCGUGUCAGGGCAUUUGACAGGCACUGCAAUAUGGUUCUUGAAAAUGUCAGAGAAAUGUGGACCGAGGUGCCUAAGACCGGUAAAGGUAAGAAGAAAGCUCAGCCAGUGAACAAGGAUAGAUUCAUCAGCAAAAUGUUCCUUCGUGGAGAUUCUGUCAUCAUUGUUCUUAGGAACCCCAAAUAAGCUAGCUAGUAUCGUCAUCACACUAUUGAAGUAGUUGGCUCUUGUUUUUAUCUCUAGUUCUUGAUAAUGAAGUAUGGUUAGACUGAAAGCCUUCCAAGUUUAUCAAUGAAUGUUGAGAUAUUGGUUGAGGAUCUAGAUUUACAUGUGGUUGCUUCAGAAGUCAGAACAAAUUUAAGGAAUUUGCGGAUCUUUUUUUUCUUCCGAUUAUGUACUUAUUAACGUGUACAUUUAAUGAAUGCAUGGAAUAUUUAGCUCUGUAAGGGCCUGUGUUUUAAAAUGUUUUGCUUGUAAAUUUUACUUGAA